CCUCUUCUUUGCGGGCACUUCCUGUCCCACCCACAUUCCCGUGUAGCUUCCGGGUGGUGGCUACAUAGGGCUCAACCACUGAGACGUCGUUAUCUCUUCGCUGUAAACAAAAGUUACUCAACGGUUUAGGCUCAGCGACACGUCAAGCAAAAAAGACAUGCAUAUCAAAACAGGUACAUGGGAAGCCAACAACACUGUGUGUCAGUCAGAUAGCCUGUGUGAUCCAGCAGUCCUUGUGUCAGCCACCAACUCAGAGCCCCAUAUUCGUAACCGUCGCUUGUCUCCUGGUUCAGGCAACUGUGGAGGUGGUGGAGGAGGCUGUAUAUCUGGAAGUGACCAGCCUCCCCGUCAGCUUUUACCUGUGGGCGACCUUAUCAGCCCCACACACACCCUCAGCUUCCGCAGGGAAAAGGAACGCAAAGGCCAGCAUCACAAAGGCCGCAGUCUCCGAAGGGAGAGUCAGAAAGGGGUUGGUAGAGUCGGCGAGCGACCACAGAAAGUUAACCAAAAGGACAGGUGGGUGGAGGACAGUCUGUCAUUGCUCAAGCCACCACCUGCAUUCCCGGUGCAGGACAGUCCAGCCAAGCUGCAGCCCGCCGUUAGUUACGCUUCCAAGGUGAAGGCGGGAGCAGCAAGCGGAGCCCUGGAGGAGGACCGCCCUGCCAUCGGUGUGCUGCUACAAAACCAGUGGGGUCUGAGUUUUAUCAGUGAGGCGAGGCCAGUCACAGAGGGCUCCAGCCCUCGCCCUCCCAUAGAUGCCCUCCCCACAGAUGCUACACACCCAGCAGACCUACAGCAUGAAAAAGUCCUGACAGUCCAACUCCCUGAAGAAACACCAGUUCCUGCUUCAACCUCCAUCACCCCAGUCGCACGUGCAGAGGUGGAAAAGGGCAACGGAGAGCUGCUGCUUAGUUGUCGCCAUCUAGUGGAGGCUUUCAACUAUCAUAGUAGAGAAUGGAAUAUCACCUGUACCAGACAGAAGAAAGAUCCAAAAAGAGUUCUGUGGUACAAAGAUGCCCAGGAGCACCCUGCCUAGCAGUGUGACAAACCCAAAGCAAAAGUGCAUACACAACACACACAUUAAAAUUUAUGGAAAAAUGGACAGAUUUGAGUCCUCUUUACACACUGCACUCAGGAUGAUGUCUUCACAUAAAGCCACACUGAGACACUUUGGACUAACUCCUUUGAGAUCUUACAGCAAUGGACUAUUUUAAUGCCUUACAGAAAGCCUGCCUUAAUUCAUGAGACCUCAUUAUUAUCUUAGCUUGUAUGUGUGGAGUUUUUUUUUUUUUCUUUUUUUUUUUUUAAUAUAAGCUCUGAGGAGUCUAAUUUAAAUUUUUUCCCCUUUCAAAGCUGCAGUUUUAUCAAACUUUUUGUCCUCUGUAAAGCGAGUGGUCAAUCAAGCACUUUGUUUAAAAAUGUGACCAGUCCGUGUGCGAGAAGCCCUCACUAGAGUGAUUUAUUUUCCCUCGAUUGAUUCUAAAUCAGAAGAAUGUCUUGUACCUGCUUGAGUUUUAUUGUUCAUGUAUGCAGGUGACUUCUGUAUCUAUGUCCUCAGUUUACAGAAGGGUGUAGUCUAAGGCACAGUAGAGUUCACCCUUUACCAUGUCUGAUCUUAAUGCUGUGGUCCGUUCUUUGUUUUUAUUUGGUCCCUAAUUGGGUGAAUUUACUCACAAAUCCAUAAGGGAUGUCACCAUGUUCAGUAUAUUGAAUUUUGAAAAGGAUUUAUUGAAUAUAAAAUUACACUGGAGAAGAAAUGUAAAGACAGUAUUGCUUAAUAAAAAUGAAUAAACUUGAA